AUGGCUACUACCAAAGUAGAUUACUCGACGCUAAAGACUCCGGAGUUGUGCUACGCCGACUUCUGCUUGCUUCCGCUUGGGACGGGCUCGCCCUCGGUCUCGAGGGAGAUUGCGGAUGUACAGAAGCUCAUUCGUUCGAGUGGGUUGAAGUAUUGCAUGCACUCGGCCGGCACGACUGUUGAGGGUUCUUGGGAUGAGGUCAUGAACAUUAUCGGAAAGGCUCACGCCCUCGUUCACCAGGCCGGUGUUAGCCGCAUCCAGACUUCGAUGCGUGUUGGAUCUCGAACGGACAAGAUCCAGCAUUUCGAGGACAAGGUGAACAAGGUCGAGGAGAUUUUGGCCAAGGAGAAGUGA